AUGAAGCGCGUGAUGCUGAUGGUGUCCACAAACGCCCAUCCUUUGGACUUCAAGCCGGUACUAAACGUUAAAUGGGGUUAUUAUAUGAAAUGCCAACAGGCGCGAAGAAAAGCUGAUGGCGCAGUGGUGGCUAUGAAGGGAUAUGAACCUAGUAAUGAUGUAGAAGAACGAAAGAACUUCGCCAAGUUGAUAAAUGAACGUAUUAUUAUUUUGGAAACGCUAAAUCAUGCCGGCUUUCCAACUUAUCUUGGCCAUUUUCUAGACAAAUACCGCAUCAAUCUAGUCUUCGCUUACGAUCAUGAUACACCAAAUCUAGAACACCUCGCAGGCGAGCGAAACAUCUCGGAAGCUGAAGCAUGUCAUUACGCACUACAACUCGCCGAAGCGUUGGACCACGUCCAUGGCCACGGUGCCAUCUUGCGCAUGCAUCCCAACUGCUCAGACAACCCGAUUAUCACCUGUGAUCUCAAAUUCCCUCGCACGAUGUCAGCAACCAUGUGCGACACAAUUUCGCUCUUUUUGAAGAAAGAUCCAAAGGAACAAAUAUCUUCCUUGGCCGAAUUGCAAGCGUUACCCAUGUAUUCCAACAUUUGGCCGCCAAGGGCAACGAACAAGCUAUUUUGGGGUUGA